AACCUUACUAAUGAGUCAGAGAAUCAUAAUGGUGUAGGAAAGAAUGUUUUGAUUCAUAUCGAGCAGGUGUCAUUUACCUAAGAAAGAAGAUUUGAUUGUAUUUGUUGUCAUACAGAAUAGCAAUGUCAGAAGAAAUUUCAAUAAAAGGUUUAAGCCAAAGAGAUAAGAAUGAAAGAGAUAAGAAUGAUCCUACAACGUUGUCGGAAUUAUUUGACAACGCUUUCGAAAUGUUUAACAAUAUUAAUGCUACGGUAGAACCAACGAACAGUCCGAAAGUACAGUUGGACAUAAAACGAGCAAUGCAUAUGUUUGAGGAUGCAACGAGACUUGUAUCUAUAGUGGAUAUGUUUAGCGAUAACGAAACUUUUGAAGAAGUAGCCACAGAGAAUAUCAAGUAUUUUUUAUUACCGGCUCUAUUGGGAAAACUUACCAAUCAGUUAUGCAUUAUCGAUGAUAGACUGCAUUUGGCUAAAGUAGCAGAAAUCUAUUUUAUAGAUUUUUUAAAACGGCUAAAAGCAUAUGGUCUGGUAACAGAUGUUGAAAUACCACAAAUUAGUACAGUUGAUGAGAAAAAGGAAGCAGGAGAUAAUGAAAAUACAUCAGAAUCAAGGAUGUUAGAGAAUAUGAUGAUCCGUAGAAAUGCAAAGUUACAAAGAUAUCAACAGGAGAAGGAUUUGGAAUCUCGUUUGGAUACUUUAAAGAAGAACUUAGAUAAUCCUAACAUUGAUGACGAAUUUAAGAGAGAAUAUUUUGUUACUCUUAUAAAAUUAUAUGCAGUUCGAAUCAUUGAUGAUUUAAAUUUCUUAAAAAAAGAAAAAACAAUUUUGGAGAAUAUGAAGGAAAUGAAAUCGAUGCAUACUUCGACUUCUGAAAUACAAAAGAAGCAAAAAUCACCAGCUCCAAAACUGCAACCCAUUAUCAUUACACGUGACGAAAUACAAAAGAAAGUUUUUGGAGCAGGCUACCCAAGUUUACCAGUCUUAACGGUGCAAGAAUUUUACGAGCAAAAAAUCAAGGAUGGAGACUGGCCCGAUUCAUCACAACAAAGUGUAACCGAUUCUCGAUGUUUACAAGAUAUAGCGAAUAAAGAUGUAAUGGCAAUUAAUGAGGAUAGUGAAACCGUUUUGAAGGAAAAAAAAGAAGAAAAAGACGAUCCCGAAUAUCUUGAACAACUGCGUGCAAUGGAUGAAUAUAAAGACACACAUCGUCGUGGAUGGGGUAAUCGUGCUAAUAGAAGUUAAGACGUCUGAGAAUAAAAUUGAUGUAAUUCCUUGAAAUGCUUUUUUAUGUCUUCGUUUAUAAGACUUUAUGUUUUAAUUACAUUUCAUUGAAUUAAAAUAAAGAUGAGAAUCUGUUUUAAAACAGUAAUGGAAA